AUGAGCAAGUUUUUCACAUUGUUUUCUGUUUCUGGGAAGAAGUCCAGCAAAGAAGAUGGAGUUUCCACGGCCAAAGACAGUAUAGAUGCGUCGGAACCCACCAACAGUACUAGCAGCUCAAGUAGUACCGGUAGGAGCAUUGGUAAGACCAGCACCCAUAAGACCAGGCGCACCGGCAGGAAGGAUGCUUCCAAAGUUGGAAAAAUCGUUGACACGAGGACUGAAAAUGAAAGAAUGAUUGAACAGUACUUUGCUGUUUUGAACUCUCAUCCCUCUGCUGAUAUAAUUUUGGAGAGGUUUACCUCCGGCGAGGCGCCUGUCCUGUUGGAAGACAGCGAUCCCAUGAACGCCACGGUGAUAGCAGCAGAAAUGCAGAAGAUGUAUGCAGGAUUCAAUGAUCUUCGGUUCAACUAUGCUUCCAUCAAAGAAGUCAAGCCAGGUGUUGUGCUUGUGGAUGAUGUCAAUGCCACGGGAACGCACACGGGUCCCUUCCAGUUUGCCAACUUUCCUCCAGUGGCAGCUACCCACAAGCAUGUUGCGCUGGAUGAUGAAAGACUUUGGUAUCACAUCCAAGAUGGUAAGAUUGCCAAGUUGGAGCUUUGUGCCAUGAGUAGCCUUAGCGGGCCACCUGGGCUGUACAUUUCUGUUGGAGGCAAGAUGGAUAUGCCGGCUGGAGAGUAA